AUGAACAUACUUCUCUUAGUUCUAACCAGAAUUGAUAUUGAUGAAAGUGAUGAUUCUACUUCUGAUGCAAGUGAUGAUGAAUUCGCAGAAUUUCUCUUUAAUAGUAUGAUUUAUAAUUAUCAUCAGAAAUACUUUAACAAAGCAAAGGUGUUGACAUCUUCGUUGAUUGGUCGUGAGUUUGUUGCUGAAGUUGCUACAUUUUUAUUCAUAAUUGGUCAUAAUGUUCGUCAUAGAGUUGCUUCAAUCCGCUUUCAACAUUCCACUGAAACAAUAUCAUGCAAUUUUAAGGAGGUAUUAAGGGAAAUUUGUCGAUUUGGAAAGGAACUAAUAAAGCAAGAGUCCAAAGAGUUUCCCGAAAGAAUUAAAAAUAAUUCAAAAUACUAUCCUUGGUUUAAGAAUUGCAUAGGUGCGAUUGACGGUACACAUAUAAGUGCAUCGGUUCCUGCAGAAAAACAAAUUUCAUGUAGAGAUAGAAAGGCAACAAUCAAACAAAAUGUCAUGUGUGCUUGUGAUUUUAACAUGAUGUUUACGUAUGUAUAUUCGGGAUGGGAAGGAAGUGCACAUGAUUCAAAGAUUCUUUUGGAUGCAAUUACAAAUCAAAAUGCUGAAUUUCCUUGGCCACCUAGAGGUUCCUUUUAUCUCGUUGAUUCUGGGUAUCCAUGUAUUGGAGGUUUUCUUCCCCCUUAUAGGGGUGAAAGGUAUCACACACAAGAAUAUAGAGGUCAAGGUAGACAACCCAGAAGUCCAGAAGAGUUAUUUAACUAUAGACACUCGUCUCUAAGGAUGACAAUUGAGCGUUGUUUUGGGGUGCUGAAAAAUAGAUUUCCUAUUUUAAAGUUGAUGCCUCCUUAUAAGCCUUCUAGGCAACAAUUCAUAGUUAUUGCGUGUUGUGCUAUUCACAAUUACAUACGCAAGUGGAAUUUACCAGACGAGUUGUUUAGGAUAUGGGAAGAAAUGGAUCCUAUCGAACUUGAGGGAAUACAAGAAGGUCCUAUCAUAGAAGGAACAAGUUCCAAUGUCGACAACUUAACAAGGUUAUCUAAUGAAGGUGCAACUGAAAUGACAAUGAAGAGAAUUCAUAUUAGAGAUGAGAUGUGGAUAUUGAUAUACGCUAUAAAAUUUUGA